AAGUAUCUCAUAUUUAGAAUUUGACUUUGCAUUAAUAAAAAAAGGCAUAAAAAUAUUUCAAAUCAUAUGUGAACGGAAAAUACGAAAAUAUCCAAACGAUAUGAAGUUUGGAAAAUGCCGGCAGCCGGGUACGGAUAUUCACAGGGAACCUGUAUCUUCUCUCUCUCUCCUUCGACUCUUAUGUAUCCUGCGUAUUGUAUAAUCCUCCAGUCAACACGGACGGCUAAACGACCCAACCCAAAGGCCAAAAGCUUCUCGCUCUCUCCCCCCGUCCACUUUUCUUCUUCGAAGAAAAACCCUAAGGCAUCCCAUUUCCUUACCAAUUCAAUUCCAAUUUGGAUUUAUCUCAUCAAAUCAUUCAUAAUUCCUCCUCCGUCUCUGUUUGUUACGAAUUUCUUAUAGAAGAGAAUGUCAUCGGAGAUCGAGGUGGUGGAGGAGGUUGAAUGUAAUAAGGGGGAAAAGGCAUCUGUUAAUGGAGCCAAAGGGAUCGGUAAUGGUGGCGUUGCGAGCGAGGAGAGUCUGAGGAACGAUGUUUACACCGCCGCUGCCUAUGGGGAUUUAGAGAAGCUUCAGAGAUUGGUGGAGAGUGAAGGUUGUUCUGUUUCUCAGCCUGAUAGCCUCGGAUACUACGCGUUACAGUGGGCCGCUUUGAAUAAUCGUACCGCCGCUGCUCAGUAUAUCAUCGAGCAUGGAGGAGAUGUAAAUGCAGUAGAUCAGACUGGGCAGACAGCAUUGCACUGGAGUGCAGUUCGGGGUGCAAUCCAAGUUGCAGAGCUGUUACUCCAAGAGGGUGCUCAAGUAUCUGCUGCUGAUAUGUAUGGUUAUCAGACAACACAUGUUGCAGCUCAAUAUGGUCAGACAGCUUUUCUCUAUCACGUUGUCUCUAAAUGGAAUGCAGACCCUGACAUUCCUGAUAAUGAUGGAAGAAGCCCAUUACACUGGGCUGCUUAUAAAGGUUUUGCUGAUUGUAUACGCCUUCUGUUGUUUCUGGAUGCUUAUAGAGGACGCCAAGAUAAAGAGGGUUGCACUCCUCUCCACUGGGCUGCAAUUAGAGGUAACUUGGAGGCAUGUACAGUACUUGUACAGGCAGGCAAGAAAGAAGACUUGAUGGUGACCGAUAACACUGGCCUCACACCAGCCCAGCUUGCAUCUGACAAGAAUCACAGACAAGUUGCUUUUUUCCUUGGAAAUGCUAGGAGGUUGCUUGACAAACGUUUUGAUGUGAACAGCCGGCUGGGACGUCUCUCAAAGUUAGGGCUUGCUCCUGUACUUUGGUCUAUAAUACUAAUACUUUUGGUGACCUAUAUUCAUUCUGUCAUAAUGGAUUCUAAUUUACCAAGGUUAACAGCUGGCUUUGGCCUUUUUGCGUGGUUGGGUGUCUUCCUAGCAACUGCUGGACUUGUUAUGUUUUAUAGGUGUAGCAGGAAGGAUCCAGGUUUCAUUAGAAUGAAUGUGCAUGAUCCACAAAGCAUGAAAGAUGAUGUGAGCUUCAUUUACCUAGAACCUCUUUUAAGAAUUGAGAUAAAUGAUCCUGCUUUGCUAGCUGGAAAUUGGUCUCAACUCUGUGCAACAUGCAAGAUUGUUAGACCUCUUCGUGCAAAGCAUUGUUCCACUUGCGAUCGUUGUGUUGAACAAUUUGAUCAUCAUUGCCCUUGGGUAUCCAAUUGCAUUGGCAAGAAAAACAAAUGGGAAUUCAUUCUGUUUCUUGUUCUAGAAGUUUCAGCUAUGUUGAUUACUGGUGCAGUGGCUCUGACAAGAGUUCUUACUGAUCCUGCUGCUCCCUCUACAUUUGGAGCAUGGAUAAACCACGCUGGGACUCAUCAUAUUGGUGCCAUUGCAUUUCUGAUUGUAGAUUUUUUCCUCUUCUUUGGUGUGGCAGUAUUAACUGUUGUGCAAGCUUCUCAGAUAUCACGCAAUAUAACAACAAAUGAAAUGGCAAAUGCGAUGCGUUAUAGCUAUCUUAGAGGCCCAGGUGGUCGCUUUAGAAACCCUUAUGAUCAUGGCAUCAGAAAGAAUUGUUCAGAUUUCUUGCUAUUGGGCUACAAUGAAGAUGUGGAGUAUAUUGAAGAUUCUGCAGAUUCUGAGGGGAUUGGAAUGAUGCAUAUGGCAAGGAAUUCAAACUCACAAAAGGGGGAUGCUCACUCUCAUCACGUCAAUGGCAAUGGGCAUGUUGCCAUUAAUGUAAAUUCAGACACUAAAGCCCAUCAGGGUCAUCACCAUUCUUCCCAUUGCUGCCAUAAUAAUCAUAAUCAUAAUCAUAACCAUGCAAAGUCCAAAACAGAUAGCAUUCCCCUGGGUUUGGGUCUUGGUCUUGGACGGAACACCGUUCGGACAGUUGCAGCUUCAUGAUGUGCCCCUGAGAAGACGAAGGUGAUGUGUAACGCGUCCAACUAGCUUUUUGUAAUUUAAUUGAUUGUUGCUCAUUUUGGCGCCUCAAUGGUGUCUAGUCUUGUACAAAAUUUUACAUUUAGAAGGUUAUAGUGGCAGGCAGUGUUCAUGUUAGAUUUAGCAUUCCGUUGUGAAAGUCGAGGUAAAGUGGGGAAAAUAGUGAACACUUACUGUUCUUCCUCUUGGCAGCAUCGGUCUUCCAAUUUGUUUAUUUCUGUGGAUGGUUACACGAAAGGGGUGGUUCUCUCCUUUACUAUCAUCCAAUUUGAAUGUGAGAUCAUUUUACAAUUUGAAAUCCUUGCCCCUGGAGUGCCCUGUUGUUAUCUUGAACUUGUAUAAAUAGCUAUAAUGUGGCACUUUUCAAUC